GUAGCGGAAAUUGUAGCUAGAGCGCGAAACAGAUUUACCGUCUGAGCGGUAAAGGAAAAAAUAUGAAGCGUGAGCGCGAAACAAAAUGUUUGCGAGUCGUGUGAACAAGCAGACAGCCGCUCAUGCUGAUCAUUCCCAUGGUUUCUGUACAGUAACUGUAAUGUCUGCGUUGUAGCGCUGAGCGACACGGUUCAAUCAGCUACUACGAGGAAGUGAACACAUUGCGGAGCCAUGACUCUGGGGAAAAGGGCUCCUCGAGCAGCGCUGCCCAUCUGGGAGGUCUUCGUCUACUGGCUUCUGUCCUUGGGUUCUCACUUGUACUCCUUUUAUGAGCUGCACAGGUUCUCCAAAGAAUAUGAGGAAGGACUCAGAAGAGAGUUUGAGCUGGAGAAAGGAUUCCUGAUCUUGGGAUUCAAAAAGGACCCCAGUGAUUUCGAAUGGAGCUUCUGGAACGAAUGGGCUAAGAGGUCGCUGCUGUACACCCUGCUCGGCCAUGCUGUCGUCUCAUGGUUGGCCGGCAUCUAUUUACCACAGCAGGGCAGAGUGGUGGCGUUCACCGCGUACGGCCUGCUGGCAGCCUGCUUGCAGUUGGGGCUGAGGGGUGUGGCCACGGUGCUGCUGCAUGUGGGUGUGGCCUUUGGUGUGGCGCAAAUGCGAAGCCCCGCCCUCUGCUGGAUUUGCGCCCUGAUACUGUUGGCCACCCUCCACCUAAACUUUCUGGAGGAGCUGCAGAGAGGCUGGUACGAGACGGAGGCAGAGUACUACCUCCUAGUGUUCGGCGUGGCCGUCUGCAGCCUGCGCUCCAUCAGCUACAGCUUGGACCACUGCAGUCGCCCCCUGGUGGCGAGCAGCUGCACACGCCUUGGCUGGCUAGCGGCGUACACCUUCUACCACCCGUUGUUCUACAACGGCCCCGUUGUCACGUUUGAGGACUUUGCCCGGCAGAUGCGUGGUUCCCUGGAUGCCGACGUACCAAGGCUGGGGCUUUGCUCCCUGUUGGGCUACAUUGCCCGCAUCUUUGCCUGGUGGCUCCUGGCUGAGUUCAUGAUCCAUGUCAUGUACAUGCACACCAUCCAGAGCAAUGAGACCUACCUGCACCUCCUAUCCCCAUGGGCAUUGGGUGGCCUGGCGCUGGCGCUAGUCCAGUUCUUCUACGUGAAGUACCUGGUGCUCUUUGGUGUUCCAUCACUCCUGGCCCGGCUGGACGGGCUGGAGCCGCCUCGGCUGCCCCGCUGCGUCAGCACCAUGUACAGCUUUGCAGGGAUGUGGAGGUACUUUGAUGUUGGACUGUAUCACUGGCUGUUGAGGUAUAUCUACUUCCCAAUGGGCGGCUCUCAAAAGGGGCUUCUGCGGAGGUUGCUGUCCACCUGCCUGGCCUUUGGCUUCGUCUGCUAUUGGCACGGCGGCCAUGACUACCUGCAGAACUGGGCGCUGCUCAACUGGGCUGGCCUCACAGCGGAGAGCGGGUUGAAAGCUGUCCUCUCAUCCUCCCAUGUGUACCCAACCAUUGAGCGCCGUCUGUCUCCGCCGAUGAGGAGGCGAGCUCAAGCCUUCCUGUCGUCCUUCUCCACCGCCAUGCUCAUCCUCUCCAACCUCAUCUUCCUGGGAGGGAACCAUGUUGGCAGGAUCUUCUGGAACCGAAUCUUCCUCCAAGGGUGGUCUACAACUGCUCCACCAGUCCUAUUGUUCCUCUACUGCUACGCCCAAAUAGGCAUGGAGUGGGACAGAAAACAGUAAGGAGCCAACGGCUGCAGCAGGCCAGCGAGAGUGGAUGCUGGGAUGUAGAUGAAAAACCCUGCAAGCUCAAGCAGUUUGACCAAUGCAGAAGUGCUGGUGCUGUAUGACACUUGGACCACACAACUGUCAGAAGCUCCUUCACCACACCUGACCGUUGAUGCACCAAGUUCCCUCAUCUCUUCAUCCUCUCCAGGCUCGAGGGCUAUUGGUCAAACCGGACAUGAAGGCGAACGCAACGAAGACCACACCACUUCCCUGCUUCGUCCAUCCUUUGUUGGUCUAGGAAACCAACCCGUGAGCCGUGUUUGACCGUCUCCUCCACGGAGAGGGAUCACAUAAAGCUCUCUGCCCGACCUUGAAGAGCUCCUACAGCUCAUUAGUGUUACUGGGAAUUAACAUUGCGCCUCACACAACACUAAUGGCUGCCAUCCCUUUGAGAGACACGACUGCAGCUUGGAAGUGCGCAGUUAAUCUUUGUGGUCAUGUUCAUCAUUUAAAGGACCUAAUAGUUGCCCAAAGAAAACCCAGAAGACCAAACAUCAAUCUCAAGUGCGAUUUCCGUGCCUCCGCACCACAUUUGCAGGACACCUUCAGAUGGCACUCCUUUGCCCCCGGUCACUGCAAAGCACCUGAAGGGACCACGACCGCUUGUGCACCUCGACCGCCGUACGCCUGCUGCGCGGUGCCGUUUAUAGCCUGCAGCAUUACUUUCUACAGCAUGACGACCAGAAAGGCCAUCGUACGCGUUUCCAAGGCGACCAAGUGCUGCCGAGCAGAGUGACACACAACACAGUCGCCGCUUACAAAGUCACUUCAAUUCCUCCAUCGCACACCGCCAAUUAUGCAUUCGCUCAUUAUGAACACAAAUGUAUAAAUAACUUAAAAUUCAUAA